GUUCGGUGGGCGGAGCGUCGGCCUCGGUCAGGAAAUCCAUUUGUGCUCAUUCAUACUUGUUCAUCAAGGCCUUUGAAUCCUCAAGGGCAGAAUUUACCUCUAAACUGAAAAAUGGAAACUAAAGUACCUUUAUUCUGCCAGGCAGAAGAAAAUACUGAUGUAUCAGAUGAAGGCUGUAAUUCUUUUGCAACCAACUUGCCACCAACACAUAUUGAUGACAAGAAAGACAUCAAGUUUUCUAAAAUGACACAGAAGAGAAUUUCACAUGAAGUUAGGGGUUUGAGACUGGAACACAAAAAAAUGUAUGAAACAUCAAUAUUCCUAUGUGGAGAAGAAAAAUCCUCUAAUUUUUCAGGAGAGGAAGAGAUCAGAAGAAAGAAAAGUUUGCAAGUAGAAUUUCAUACUAAAAGAACUGAGAUUGCCCCUUCCUCAGUGAAGGUGUUGAAGGAGAAGAUGACUAAGAAAGAAAGCUCCUUACUCAAGUUGCCGAAUCAGUACAGCGUUCAGAAGACUCUCUUGCCCCUUUGUACAUCUUCCUCAGUUGUUCGGAAAAGGGAAAUGUUUUCUAGCCUCUGCAAGACACUGUAUAAUGAAGCACCUCAAGGACACUUACACGAAUUAAGUGCACUUCAGAAGGCCUGUAAGAUUUUUAGCAAAAUUCAUAGUGGUAAGAUUUAUGUCAAUGAUCUGCCAAUGGUCCAUCACGCCUUGAAGAUUUUUAUAAGUGAUUCAGAAAUGCAAAAGGCACUAAAGACUAUUGAUAUUGAUGUUAAUGGAAUGCUGGAUUUUUCAGAUUUCCUUAAGACUGUGAAUGAUGUUUGUUAUUUGGUCUCCCAGGAUCCAGCAUUCCAGAAUGCCUUGAAGAUUUUCUGUAGGAUAAAAAGUGGUCGAGUUGCGAUUGAUGAGCUGGCUGCUGUUUUGGAUAGCAUGGAUAUUCCUGUGAUUCCUGAAACUUUUCAGGAAGUGAUAAAACAUGCUAGUAUAGAUGGUUACCACAUGGUGGAUAUUAGAGAUAUUCUAUUUAAUUUGGAUGAACUACAGCACCACUAUGAAGAGUUUGCAGUUGUGGAAUCAACAGCCUUGUGUGAAUCUACUACAAACAGAAAGUUAUCAAAUAUAUCAGCAUGUUAUUCACAGUAUAGAAAGAAAAGCAUUUUAUCUUCCAGACUAUCUGAACUAUCAUCAUUCCCUAAGUUAAAUAGAAAAACCCUCCAAUAUCAUAAAAUUAUGGAGGAUAAUGAUUACCUUCAAUGUAAAAGAUCAAAAAAACCUUUGCAAAUAAAAAAAUUCCUAACUGGGGUUGAUAGCAGUGAUACAGGAUUCCAGGAACCAUAUUCAAAGGAUGGGAUAAACUUUAAGAAAAGUUCAGAGAAGAUGGAAAUUCAUGACUCGAAGUCUGUACCGUGUGACUUGAAGAGCGUUACGAGCCUCAAAAAGUCUCUGGAUAAAAGUGAUACUUACAGCAUCCCAAAACUUCACGAGCCAGCUGUCAGAAGGCAUUCCAGCCUCCUAAAACAGGUUUCAUCUAAGGAAAAAAUUGCAGUGAAUGCUCUGGAAAACAUCUAUGAAGCUAUCGAUAAACUCCAAGAAAAUUACAUUACUGCAGAAGAACUUCAGUCCAUUUUGCCUUCAAUAGGAAUUACUUUAUCAGACAAAGAGUUAAAAAAGAUUGUGUCCGAUACUACUCAAAAUGAAAAUGGAAUGGUGAAUUUAGAUGACUUUAUGAGUGCUCUUUCCAAGGAGCAAAGUCUUCCUGACUAUGAUGCAUUGACUGAUGUCAUUAAAGCCAUUAAUAAAAUUAAAGAUGAAAAUAUUGAUUAUGAGGAUCUGAAUACUUGUCUUCAGCAUUUUGGAGUUUACCUUUCUAAGCCAGAAUUUGAGAAGAUUACAGAGUUGACUAAGGCUGACAAAACAGAAAAAGUGAACUUUAAAGAGUUCAUUGAUACAAUGAUGACUAAUACGGAACGCUUCUCUGAAAAUUUAUUAUUGCCUGAUACUAUUGAAAAUCUCCAUCAUCUCAGCAAAGAGAAGAUGAAUGUUUCUCACCUGUGGAACACUCUAUCUAACUUGAAUAGUAACUUGAAAAAAAAGGAAUUCGUAGAUGCACUGAAAUUAGCAACAGUGGAUGAAGAUGAUGAAGUACAAAUAGAAGAAUUUGGGCAAGUGGUAAAGGAAAUUCAUGAUGCCUCCAGGUUGAAAGAAUUAAAAGACAUUGUCUUAGUUCUUGAUGGGCUUGAAGGUGACAUGAUACCUGGGAAGAACUUGGAGAGCUUUCUAGGAAAUAUUGGGAUUAAGUCACCUGAAGAAGAGGCAGAGAAAAUUCUUCAAUCAGAUCUUGUUUCUGAUGACAACAUGGUGAAUAUUAAAGACUGUAUGAAGGCAUUGACGGACACCCCAAAAUUUUCCAAUUUUGUUGCAUUAAAUAACAUCAUCAGUACAUUGGAUCGUAUGGAAGAAAGUGAUCAGUCUGACAAGGACAACUAUGCAGAGGUACUUGGAAACACCAAUAGAAGUGAUUUCAUUGAUGACAGUCUUCAAGAAGUGCUGGAUAAUUCCUUGCUUGACAAUUUUAGGAAAGAGUCUUUGUCUUCAAAUCUGAAACUACCAGCAGCAGAUGAGAUUAAAGAAGUGGCUCAUAUCUUGACAAGUGUUGAUAAUGGCAAGAUUGGUAUACAUAACUUGGAGCAUGCCCUGAAAAGUUUGAAUGCUAAUUUAACUGAAGAGGACAUCAGUGAAGCCCUUAAAUGUUGUGACAUCAGUGAAAAUAAUGAGGUGAAUUUAAAAGAUUUCUUUAAAAGUAUUAAGGAAAGUCCACAUUUCAAAGAGUCCAUAGCUACACAGCCUCUCUUAGCUGUUACCCAAAUUCUCCAGAAUGAUCUAAUUGAUGCCUCUGACCUCAAGGCAUUAUUGAUGAACAAUGACUUUUAUGCAGCUGAUAUUUCACUUGGUGAAGUAUUAGGACACUGCCCUGACCAUGAAAAUAAAAAUCUAUUUUGCAACAUCAGCAUUCACAAAAAUGAACUUAUGUCCAUUCCUGCACUUCAGCAAAAUUUAAAUGCCAUGGGAAUCUGUCUAACAGAUGAUAAAAUAAAGGAGACUUUGGAUAACACUAAUCCUAAAGAUGAAGUGGUAAAUUUUAAGGAUUUCAUCAGAGAAUUGAACAACAGUGAUGAAUUUAUCGAGUGCCAAAGAAUAGAAGAUGCAUGUAAUGUUGUUAAUAGUGUCUCUGAUGGGAAAGUUGAAGUUAAAGACCUUUUAUCUGCCUUGGAGGGCCUGGAGAAACCUUUAAAUGAAGAAAAACCUGAGGUAUUACUGAACUCUGAAAUAGAUGAAAGUAAAAAGAUCUUAAAAGAUAUAAUUAUUGAUUUCACUAAUUCAUCUAAACCAUCAACACCAUUCAACAAUUUAUUGAAGGAGAUUACAACUCUGGAUAAGAUCAGAAAUGAUAAGAUGCCGGUAAAGGAACUGUGCUCCCAGCUCCAGAGAGCUGGAGUUCCACUGAGCACCAAGACAUUCCAGGGAAUUCUGACUCAAGCAUCUACUGACGAAAAUAGUGAAGAAAGUCUCAAACAAAUUUUGGAGGCUUUGGACACAAAUAAACCAGCUCCUGAAUUUGAAGGUUUAUGUACGGCCCUCCACACUGUCAACUUGACAAACUCCAACAAAAUUCAGAUUGGUGACUUGAAAGAUGCUUUUGAUGACCUCAGUGUUUCUGUGAAGCCUGAAGAACACCAGAUGUUAGCGAAAACGCUUGAUGUUGACGAAAAGGGAGAUACUUCCCUAAAGACUGCCCUUUUAGCACUGAAGAGCAUUACACGUUUUCAAGAUUUUAGAGGUGCAUAGAGAACAUGUGAAUUCUCAUUCUGAUGGAAAUUUAUAUAUUUAACUUAUUGGGAUCAGUGAUCCAUCCAACCUGAAUCUUUGUCGUUUU